AUGAAUGUUCUGCCUGAGGAAGGACUGCAACAAAUAACUGUCCAGCAUCCUCUGCCCAACCAAUCAGAAUGUAGGAAAAUCUACCGAUAUGACGGAAUCUACUGUGAAUCUACCUACCAGAAUUUACAAGCUUUGAGGAAGGAAAAGUCCCGAGAUGCUGCUCGCUCUCGCCGGGGAAAGGAGAAUUUUGAAUUCUAUGAGUUGGCAAAGUUGUUGCCACUGCCUGCAGCCAUUACCAGCCAGCUUGACAAAGCAUCCAUCAUCCGGCUUACAAUUAGCUAUCUGAAAAUGAGGGACUUUGCUAAUCAAGGUGAUCCUCCAUGGAACUUGAGGAUGGAAGGACCUCCACCUAACACAUCAGUAAAAGGGAUUCAAAUGUGGAAAUCUGAGGUCUGCAUGAGAAAGACACCAUGUGAAGUUAUAGGUGCCCAGCGCAGGAGAAGUCCCAGUGCCCUUGCCAUUGAAGUAUUUGAAUCACAUUUGGGAAGUCAUAUUUUACAGUCCCUGGAUGGAUUUGUAUUUGCACUAAAUCAAGAAGGAAAAUUUUUGUACAUUUCAGAAACUGUCUCCAUCUAUUUAGGCCUGUCCCAAGUGGAACUGACAGGCAGCAGUGUGUUUGACUACGUCCACCCAGGAGACCAUGUGGAGAUGGCAGAGCAGCUGGGCAUGAAGCUUCCCCCGGGGCGAGGCCUGCUCUCGCAGGGUACAGCAGAGGAUGGAGCCAGCUCAGCAUCCUCAUCUUCCCAGUCCGAGACCCCUGAGCCAGUGGAAUCUACAAACCCCAGUUUGCUAACCACUGACAACACUCUAGAGCGCUCUUUUUUCAUCCGAAUGAAAUCUACACUGACCAAGCGAGGAGUGCACAUCAAAUCAUCAGGAUACAAGGUGAUUCAUAUAACAGGCCGGUUACGUCUGAGAGUAUCACUGUCACACGGACGGACAGUACCCAGUCAAAUCAUGGGACUUGUUGUCGUUGCUCAUGCUUUGCCACCUCCUACAAUUAAUGAAGUCAGGAUUGACUGCCACAUGUUUGUCACUCGUGUGAAUAUGGACCUCAAUAUCAUUUACUGUGAAAAUAGGAUUAGUGAUUACAUGGAUCUGACCCCUGUAGAUAUUGUAGGAAAGAGAUGUUACCACUUCAUUCAUGCUGAAGAUGUGGAAGGCAUUAGACAUAGUCACUUAGACUUGCUGAAUAAGGGUCAGUGUGUAACAAAGUAUUACCGCUGGAUGCAGAAGAAUGGAGGUUAUAUCUGGAUACAAUCUAGUGCAACCAUAGCUGUCAACGCCAAGAACGCAAGUGAGAAGAAUAUCAUUUGGGUCAAUUACCUCCUUAGUAACCCAGAGUACAAGGACACUCCAAUGGAUAUUGCACAACUUCCUCAUCUGCCAGAGAAAACCUCAGAAUCCUCAGAGACCUCUGACUCUGAAUCAGACUCAAAGGACAACUCAGAGGACAAUGAGAACUCAAAGUCAGACGAGAAAGGAAACCAGUCAGAAAACAGUGAAGACCCUGAAUCGGACAGGAAAAAGUCAGGAAAUCAGUCAGAUAAUGAAAUGAACUGUAAUGAGGAUGGGAACAGCUCCAGCAACCAGGACAGCAGGGACAGUGAUGACAGCUUUGAAAACUCAGACUUCGAGAAUCAAAAGGCCCCUGAGGACAGUUUUGGCACUCUUGGCUCUAUGCAGAUCAAAGUGGAGCGCUACGUUGAGAGUGAGUCAGACUUGCGGUUGCAGAACUGUGAAUCACUGACCUCCGACAGUGCCAAGGACUCAGACAGUGCAGGUGAAGUAAAUGCCCAGUCUUCCAGCAAACAUCAGAAGAGGAAGAAGAGGAGAAAAAAGCAAAAGGGAGGCAGCAUGACCCGGAGAAGGCUGUCAAGCACCUCAAGUCCAAAUGGACUUGACUCAGCUUUGGUGGACCAGCCCCAGCUGCUCUCGUCACCAAACAGUGCCUCAGUGCUCAAAAUUAAAACAGAAAUCUCAGAACCUAUCAAUUUUGAUAAUGAUAGCAGUAUUUGGAAUUACCCACCCAACAGGGAAAUCUCAAGGAAUGAAUCACCCUACAGUAUGACCAAGCCCCCCAGCUCCGAGCACUUCCCUUCCCCCCAAGCCAGCAGUAGUUUACACGUCUCCAUUCCAGACUCUGUUCUCACCCCACCAGGGACUGAAAAUACUGCCAGCCGUAAAACUCAGUUCAGCACCUCAUCCAACUCGGCCUUGGCUCCAGUGUCCUCUGACCCUUUGUCACCCCCACUUUCAGCAUCUCCAAGGGACAAACAUCCAGGAGGUCCCACAACGUCCAACUCUUUGUUGUACACUGGGGAUCUGGAAGCCCUUCAGAGGUUACAAGCAGGCAAUGUGGUGCUUCCUUUGGUUCACAGGGUAACGGGAACCCUUGCUGCGACCAGCACUGCUGCUCAGAGGGUCUACACCACUGGCACUAUUCGGUAUGCUCCAGCUGAAGUUACUUUAGCCAUGCAGGGCAACCUCCUCCCCAACACCCAUGCUGUUAACUUUGUUGAUGUUAACAGCCCCAGCUUUGGGCUGGAUCCUAAAACACCGAUGGAAAUGCUCUACCACCACGUUCACCGACUCAAUAUGUCGGGACCGUUUGGAAGUGCUGUGAGCGGGGCCAGUCUGACCCAAAUGCCUGCAGGGAAUGUGUUCACAACUGCCGAAGGACUUUUUUCCACUCUUCCAUUUCCUGUGUACAGCAAUGGCAUUCACACUACACAGACUCUGGAACGGAAAGAGGAUUGAAAUAUGACCACAUACUGUGUUCAGUGUUAUACUCUGAGGCAUAGACUAUGUUUUAAUUUAGACCUUUAAUUCUAGCACUUUGAAUUUGAGCAGGUCAGCUUAUUAUCUCAAUAUGAUGGUCCCCAUUUCAUUCCCUUUCUCUUUAACUUGACUUAUUCUUUAAUGUAAAGAUAUUUUUUUAUUUUUGCCUUCAGAGAGUCGAAGUACCAGUUGCCUGCCAUUUUGUCUUCUUCUAAGAUGUGUGUUUUUUCCUUUGCAUCUUUAUUAAGAUGCCUUUAAUAUGUGUAUGCCUCUGCCAUAGAAUACUCAGUGUUGUGGUAAAGAGAUUUUAAAGUGACAACCAUUGGUUUUACUUCAAAAUGAUCUUGAUAUGAUCAAGAUUAAAAGAGACAAGCAUAAACAAUGUGCCCUGUUUGACUAAGUCAAAUGAAAAGGGGGUUUUGUUCCUAAUUCCUUUAAAAUAGGGGAUAGUAUUUUAGAAUUUUAUGCAGAGUUUAAUUCUCUUUUUAUGGUUAAGAUUUUCUUACUUGCACAUAAAAUAAUUUGGGUUCUUAAAAAGUUAAUUUCUGGCCUGUGACUAGAAUGUUAAAAAGUUGGACUAAAUGUUAAUUACAGAAAAUUUAACUUAAUUUCUAAAACCAUGGUGCUAUCAUUUAUUAAUCUGUAAUGUCUCCAUACAAUAUGCAGCUUGUGGGCUGGGUUUUUUGGAAAGAAUGUGUUCCGUACUGGUUUAUAGUGGGGUGCUGCAGUCUCCUUGGUUAGUUAAGACAAAAGCCCUCAUUAACAUUUGCUGCAGGACUUAAAAUUUGUUACCUCCAAACUAACAAGCAUAGCCUCACAUCAAAUUUAAAUGGGUCAGGAAGCCUUUUACAAAAAGAGCUUAAAAACAGAAAACUCAAUUUAAUUGACGCGAGGAGCAGUUUCUUAGGUGCAUAUUGUUUUGCUUUAUUUUUUUUCUCAGUGUAACUGAGGCUAAUUUUACAACAUCAAAUAACACUUCAGAGUAAAAAAAAAAAAAAAA